UCACAUGCAUUUCGUAAGCAAUGCAUUGAAUGCGAGAGAAAAUCAAUGCAAAAGUGAUUCACAAAUCAAAACAAUGUUUGCAUUCAUUGAGACGAUAAUCGCAAUUAGUUUCGCAAACUUGUAGCCCAUCUCAAGACACAUCACCGGCCGAUCGGAUUCACACUAUGACGGGUAGUUCACUGGACACCACACUCGCGGACAGCGUGAGCAGCACCGGGAGCUCGAGCGCCGGCUCACCCAAACCCUCAGCAACCGCUUCCUCGGGGUUUCCGGCACUCAAUUUGGACGCCUUUAAGACACGGGUGGAUGUGAUCAACAUCGACGGUGUCGGCCGCACUCGGAACGACAUAUUGGAUCCGCUGGUGAGACCCCUGUUCGAGGCGAACACCUUCGAGGAGGUGGUGCUCAGAGCGCAUACAGUGCGCCGACGGCUCGAAGAGUUGGGCGCCUUUAAGGCGAUCAAUGUGUUCAUCGACACGAGUAGUGGUGAUAACGCCACCAGAGAUGGUCUCGAAGUGACGUACAGUGUGGUGGAGACGCGACGAGUGGUCGGAGGGGUCAACACAUCCAUCGGCAACAACAACGACGGCUCGGUUGUGCUUCAGCUCAAGUGUCCCAACCUUUUCGGCAGAGGCGAAUUGUUUCAAACUGAGUACGAAUACGGCACUAAACACACGACCGGUUUUCAGACAUCGUUUGCCAAACCACUGGUGCCGUGGCUGUGGCCUCAGCCCCGGCUCACGUCCACACUAUUCCAGUCGGGAUUCGACGCCCCCUGGAGUGGCUUCCGGGAGACCGAUCGCGGCCUACACGUGGACCUCAGCUUCAAGUCGCGGCCAUCCAUAGCCCAUUCGGUGCGCUGGGAGGCCGUGUGGCGCGACAUCUCAGCCCUGACGCCCUCCACGGCCUUCGCCGUACGCGAAGAGUGCGGACACUCACUGAAGUCGUCGCUGAAGCACAUCCUGACGUGGGAUCAGAGGGACAACCCUAUCGUGCCGUCGAAGGGCACGCUGUUUCGACUGCAACAGGAGUGCGCCGGCCUUCUCGCCGGGAACGUAGGCUUCCAUAAGCACGAGCUCGAGCUACAGCUCAACCGCCCGGUGCCCCUACUGUCCGACGUUGUCAUACAGGCGUCGCUGAGGGCCGGCAUCAUGAAGCCCCUCCAGAAGAUCGAUACCGUCACCUGUAUUAACGACCGAUUCUUUAUAGGCGGUCCCCUAACGCUCCGGGGGUUCAAUCUGCACGGCGUGGGCCCCCACAGCGAGGGCAACGCGUUGGGCGCCACCACCUACUGGAACGCCGGCCUACACGUGUACACGCCGUUGCCGUUCAGGCCGGGCGCCGGCGGUUUUGGCGACUAUUUCAGGGCACACCUGUUCGCCAACGCCGGCAAUAUCGGCGACUUUGCCUACACUGACGAUCACUACAAGAAUUUUAAUAUACUGUUGAAUAGACUCCGGUAUAGCGUGGGCGCCGGUAUCGUGCUGUCCAUCGGACACAUGGCUCGCUUUGAACUCAACUACUGCCUACCCUUUGGACAACAGUCGGGCGACCAGACCAGCCCCGGCCUACAGUUCGGACUCGGAGUCAGUUUUGUGUAUCUCAAAAUGCAAAUCUAA